AGUGAGGAUAAAUUGUAUUUACAGCUGAUUGAUCUUGUUGCAUAGUUAUGGCCAAUCUUCGCUCCCCUUCACUCAUUGUUCUGCUCUCACUCGUUGCUCUGUCAAUCUCUGCAGAAGCACGACAGCUUCUAGAGACAACAUUACCUGAGGUCCCGGAGCUUCCUAAGCCUGAAUUGCCUGACUUGCCAUUACUUCCUAAGGUUGAGCUUCCACCAUUACCUGAAGUCCCAACCUUUCCUAAACCUGAACUUCCCACUCUGCCAAAAUUACCUGAAUUGCCUGAGUUGUCGAAGCCUGAAAUUCCCACGCUGCCAAAACCUGAAUUGCCUGAGUUUCCAAAGCCUGAACUGCCAGCUUUUCCCCACUUGCCUGAGUUGCCAAAACCUGAACUGCCAACUUUUCCCCACUUGCCUGAGUUACCAAAGUCCACAUUCCCUUCCAAAGACACCAAACCUGAAUCAGCUACCAAUCCUUAAGCAAUUAUACCACAAGCGUUUCAACCUUUGAUCUCGCUGUGAUGACUUCACCUUUUGCAUUGAUCAGUAUCAUUUAUGUGUUCUUAGUCCUAUAAUAUUUCUGUUUCAGCUAUUGUGUGAUGUAGGUUGUAAGUUUAUAUUCUAUAUACAAAAUUGAUCCAGCUUAUUUAUUUGGUUUUCGCUA